UUGUAGUUUUCGAUGGUAUCCACUGUAGAAAGCUGUAGAAAGCUCCUAAAUCAUGGAUCAUUUUCCACAGCUCACGUUGUCUGGAGAUUUAUGUCUACUGAAGUUUCUUGGAAAGAUAUUUUUGAAGUGUUUCAUCAGCAGGACAAUCCAAAAACACAUUAAAUAACAGUACAAGCCACUGAAGAGAUAUGUCUCUCCCUUACAGCCAUUUCAUUGAUUCCAUUAUAAAUCAAAGAUGGCGCUACUGUGAAUAAGGUCUAUAUUGUGGUCCGACACAGAUUUCUUUUUCAUCUAAAGAUUGUAUUAUUUUUCUUCUGUAAUUAUUAUUUUAUUCUCUACAUAAUUUAAUUGACCAUACAUAAAAACACGUUAAGUCUUUCCCUCACAACCUCGCUGCUCUGAAUUUUAAUGUCACAUAACUGCUCUUAUACUCACUCAACUAUUGAAACUGAAUUGAAAUUUCAUAUUAAUUAAAGUUGUUGACAUCCCCCAACAUUAUUUAAUGUACACUUUAAAGAUGAAGACUGGGAUAUAACCAUGAAAAAAGAGGAAGUACUGACAAACAAAUCAUUUUACGCCGUAUAUGAGUGUGAGGUUUGUUGUUAGUGCUGUAGUGGUGUGUAAACCUGUUUUCCCUCCUCUUCUCCUCACUCUUUUACUAACUCCUGGUUGCCAUGGAGAAUUGUGUUGAUCUCUCGUACUGAGAGCGAUUGCGCUGCUGAGGACUGGAUGAUAUUCACAGAGCUACAGUCUUCACAUUGUACAUCUCAAUGAUGCUUUGACCAAACAGAUAAUGCUUUCCAUUUUCACACGAAAAGGCAUCUAAAUGUAAUCGAAUACAAAAAAAAUCACAGCAAUCUCUCAGGUGUAUUAUUCGCAGUCUGAUUUAAGUAUUAAGCAUCAAUUUGUAUGUAACUAUGAGCAAAAUAAGUAGAUCAUGCUGCUAGCAAAGCCAAGGUCACAGGUUUGAAAAUGGAAGAUCAGUUGUUUUUACUUCAUCCAACCUUUAAAUGUACCUUUGUUGGUGAAUGCAAAUGACAUCAGAUUGCUUAAAUCAUAUUAAAUAAUAAUUUUGAUUGAAUCAUUUUUUUUUUUUUUAAAUUUAGAUGUUACCACAUUUUAUGCUUCAAAUAUACUAAGUCUGCUCAGUGCUCCAAAAAAUGAUCCAAAAAAACAUUUUUACUCUAAAUAAAAUACCAAAGGUGUAGCAUUCUGGUUCAAGGUUACAUGCAAAUUGGUAUUUAUUAGUAGAUACUUGUUAAUCUGCUUUUAUGGUAAUUUGUGAACAAAAAGACACACUAAUGAUAGAAACAAAUACCAUUUAAACAGGAAUUUCUCCUUCAGCUGUAGUGUGUCCCAUCAGAUGUGUGGAAAAGGACAUUUGGCAACAUGCUGGAGUCUGUCUGCAUUGCGCAUUACACAUCCACUCACUCACUCACCCACUCACUCUCGCUCUCUCACCCUCCCUCCUUCCCUCUCUCUCUCUGUUUGUGUCUCCACUGUUCUGCUGCACGGGUUUGAGGAGCACUGCAAGUUUGCCGUUGUCUGACGGCAGUAGGAUGUGUAUUGUGGAUGUAUAAUAUUCUUGCUGUAUGAAUGUGAGGCUGUAAUGUGAGAUCUAUUUUUAAUAACACAUAGGAGGUUUUGCGCAGAUCUUUCCUGCACUGUUCCUCAAUCUGACUGCCCACGUGAAGACAUGAAGUAGGCGCAGUGGUCCAUGGGACAUGGAGAUGGUCGACAUUUGGUGGAACAUGAUGCUGGAUGUCCUGUUGGGUCACUGACUAUUCAAACUGCAGGGCGUUGGAUGCGCACUCAACCCACCUGAACAUCCACUGCCAUCCAGUACUGCGAGUUUGAUCUCCAGGAUGACUGUGGUGGUUGCUGGAGAUAACAUAGACGAGACGUCCUCCACUCUGCAGGGGCAACCGCAGGACUCGCAGUAUUCCCCCGAGUGCUGCGAGCGGGUGGUCAUCAACAUCUCAGGGCUGCGCUUUGAGACACAACUCAAGACGCUUGCCCAGUUCCCCGACACCCUAUUAGGCAACCCCAAAAAAAGGAUGCGCUACUUUGACCCUUUAAGGAACGAGUACUUCUUUGACAGAAACCGUCCCAGCUUUGACGCAAUCCUCUACUACUAUCAGUCAGGGGGAAGGUUAAGAAGACCCGUCAAUGUACCCUUGGAUAUGUUCUCGGAGGAAAUUAAGUUUUAUGAGCUUGGAGAAGAAGCCAUGGAAAAAUUUCGAGAGGAUGAGGGCUUUAUUCGUGAGGAAGAGCGCCCCUUGCCGGAGAAUGAGUUUCAGAGACAGAUUUGGCUGCUUUUUGAGCAUCCCGAGAGCUCAGGCCCUGCCAGAGGGAUCGCGAUUGUCUCCGUCAUGGUUAUUCUCAUUUCUAUCGUCAUAUUUUGUUUGGAGACUUUACCAGAGUUGAAAGAGGAUCCACAUGGACGGCUCCAGGUGAUAGGGAACAGCACGUUCUACUACAAACCAAAUAUUUUUACCGACCCCUUCUUUGUUGUGGAGACACUCUGCAUCAUCUGGUUUUCUUUUGAGUUGAUAGUCCGUUUUUUCGCUUGCCCGAGCAAACCUGCCUUCUUCAAAAACAUGAUGAACACGAUCGACAUAGUGUCCAUCAUUCCAUAUUUCAUAACGCUCGGAACGGAGAUGGCAGAGGACCCCGAGGAUGGAAAGGAGCUGAAGGGUGGAGGAGAGCAGGCUACGUCUCUUGCCAUUCUCAGGGUUAUCCGGUUGGUUCGGGUGUUUCGGAUAUUUAAGCUGUCCAGACACUCCAAGGGGCUUCAGAUCUUAGGCCAGACUUUGAAAGCCAGCAUGCGUGAGUUAGGACUUCUCAUCUUUUUUCUUUUUAUCGGCGUCAUCUUGUUUUCCAGCGCGGUGUAUUUUGCCGAGGCCGAAGAGAAGGAUUCCUUCUUCACAAGUAUCCCAGACGCCUUCUGGUGGGCGGUGGUUUCGAUGACAACCGUAGGGUAUGGAGACAUGUACCCUGUUACGAUCGGGGGCAAGAUAGUAGGCUCUCUAUGUGCCAUUGCUGGAGUGCUAACGAUCGCGCUUCCAGUGCCUGUGAUUGUGUCCAACUUUAACUAUUUCUAUCACAGAGAAACCGAAGGUGAUGAACAGGCACAGCUCCUCACAGUGAGCAACCCGAACAUCGCGUCCGACUCCAACUCCAGUCGUCGCAGCUCGUCGGUCGUCAGCAAGUCCGAAUACAUGGAGAUUGAUGAUGACCUCAAUAACAGCAUUGAUAACUUUCGAGAGGCGAACCUGCGAACUGGGAACUGCACAGUUGCGAAUCAGAACUGUGUAAAUAAAGGGAAGCGUCUCACAGAUGUAUAGAUUUCCAGUGUCAUUCUAGGCCAUUACAAGACUGUACAUAGUGUAGUCUAUUCAUAUAUCAGAAUGCUUAACCUGGACCUCUGAUAAUGUAUUAUUUCAUUGCAUAUGUUUGAUCUUAAGUCCACAAGAGUUGCUUUGAUUCUGUUUGAAGAUUGGUAGUCUAAAAUAUGCCUAUGGACACCAAAUUUUAAACAAGUAAAAGACAGAAUAACUAUUCGUCGGAUGGUUAGAGUACUUGGGUAUAUAAAUGACUUUACAUUUUACAAUGCACCUUAUCCCAAAAUAUUAUUAGUUAUUCAGUGACAAAAACUAGAUUUGCUUGUAGAACAUUUAUGUUUUUGUACCAUAUGUUCAUCAUGUAUUUAUUUUACUUGUUUAUUUGCUCAUUAAGGCUACUUAAAUCCAUUUACAAACUGAAUGUUGAUUAAUUAUGCAGAUCAUGGCAUGUUUUUUGAAACGUUGAGGUCUGUUUGAUAUGGUACUAUGUAUCUUGCUUUAAUUAAUACAUGAACUUCAUCACAUAUAGCCAAGUCGACAGUACGACUCUCUUAAAUUACAACCACUGCCCAUUAAAAGCACAACUUCCUUAAAUAUCUUUAAAAACAAACUAUUUAAAAUCUGUUCCAGGCAGUAUUACAUUUUUAAAAGUAUGACUUCAUUUGUUAAAGCUUUUUAAAUGUACAUAUUCAAUACUAUACUUAAUCAUUCAAUAUAUUUAUCUAUAUUAAAUAAUUGUAGUUAUUAUAUUGAAUAUAAUAUUUAAUACAUUAUGAUUGCAUAUUUAAUAAUUAUUAUUUAAAUAAAUAAUUUAAUAGUGCCUUCAGUCAUAUAGAGUGUCUCUACAUGCAAUAGUUACUGUAAAACAUUUGCAAAUCUUAAUCAUACAUGAUAUGUCGAGGGAUAUUCCAGAGCUGCUGGGAUUGAAUUUCAGGACAUGGUCCCUCAACAUCCUUGUACAUAAAAUAGAAUUAGGUACAUCUCGCUGGAUCAGGCAUUGCUUUUCAAAGAAGUGUGAAACGUUGUGUUUUUCAUCUUCAUGUAUUCUUUUGUAAUGGCUGUGUUUUGCUCAUUGGUUUCUUUGGAUCUACCUCAGUGUGGCCAUGCAUAGUAAGCUUGUGAAUGCACAACUUCAUAUCCAGUCAAACGAUCCUGUCCUGUGGGUUUAGAGAGUUGAGUAUGCAAUAGAAGUGAAACACUUCAAUUUAAAAUAAGACUCCAUAAAACUAUAACUACAAACAAAGUUUAGAAAUAGUACACAGUUGUUGUUGUUAAUAGAAAUUAGACGAUUCCGAGUGAUGCUAAGCACAAGCGCUAAUAGUGCUGUAUAAUACGCACAGGUCUGCAUCAGGGACUGUAAUUGGUAGAAACUGCCAAUAUCUGUAUCAAUGUGAGUUGCAGUCUAAAAAGAAUACCUUUAAUUUGAGUGUACAUGUUGUCUUUUAAAAUCUAAUGCACUUUAAUGAGAAUUUAUGUAUUUAUAUGGUUUCGUAACGAGAAUGACAUAAAAGUACGAAAGGUAAAAUAAAGAAUCUAAAGACGAUGUGUUGAUUUGUCCACGUUAAGGAUGUGUGUUAGGCAUCUUAACCAGCAUAUGUGUUUUACAACCCUUUAAUUCGUUCUUUGGGGCAUUUAUUAUAUUCACUUAAAUACUAAACAUCACAACUGUGAUGCUUUGCCAGCAAGUUAAAUAGCUGAGAUGAAAGCUAUAUUUUUACAAAGAAGUCUGUAUAAAAGAAAUACAUGCCAGAGUGGGGUUUAUUUAAUGUGAAUAUAGAUGUCUGCAGUUUAAAAAACACUCAUUUUUAUAUGAAACGUUAAAGAAUAAAAUAAAAUACAAGACAGUGGACCAAAAAGAGUUUUUCAUGUAAUUUAUGUAGAUAAUGAAUAUGGAAACAAAAAUGGCAAUGAUUGAAAGUUGUCAAUAUAUUAUGUUACAGUAAAUCAAAUUUUAAUCCACCAUAUGCGAUACAGAAUGGAUAAAAAAUAGGAACAAGAUAACCAGGGUUCUCAAUCUUUAUCAUGUGUAUUUACAUAAUCAUCCAGGCUUUCAACUUUGUUAGCAUCAUUUUGAUUUCUUUUGAAGAUGGAAGGGUUUGAUAUCCCUGCUGAAAAAUAGAGCAGCAUGAUUUCCAUGCUGAUCCAGGCUGGUUAGAGUUGGUAUAGUGCUGGUCUAGCUAGUGCAACCCAAUAGUGUGGCCCAGAUCUGGCUCACAUCUGGUACAUGUAGAUCUCACGUGGACCAGAUGUGGGCCGGAUCUGGGCAGACACUAUGUUGCUAUCAACUGUAGAAACACAGAACCACACGAAACAGCAGUCUGAGGACAUCGGCGUUUGACCAGAAGUUAGGGUGGUGCUCGACGAUCACGUAUCCCGCACCAACCACAAACCCUACCCUUCAGUAUAACUAUACGCUCUACCUUAAUGAAUGCAAACCCCACCCAACCGCUAAACCUACCCUUGGCCUGGCACUGCUGUCCUUAGACUGCUGUGACGGUGAUGCAGCUGGUUAUUAUUGCAAAACAUUUUAUUAUGCUGGUGACCAAUGAGACUUUCAAUUUUUCAGUAGAGAUAAAUGAGUGAAUUCAAAAGCAUUUCUGCAUUAAAUGGCUUCUUUUAAAAAACAGGGCCUGGUUUCCAUGUUGGGCUUGUCCUAUGAGUGUUAUGCCAUAAAUGAAACUAAAGCACUUUGAUAUUAUGCAUGCAGGCAGCUCUGGGUUUACGUUGCUCUGACAUGAAUCAUGCAAAUGCUGGGAAAAGCUUUUUCUUUCUGUAUUUUUUAUUGUUAUAAAAUAAUCAAAUCAUUUCAUUGUUAUUUUGCGGUUGGCAUACUUUGACUAUUUAUGUGCUGAUAAGGUGUAUUAUAUAACAUGACACUAUGACCAUUUUAAGUCACUUUUUUUUUUUUUUUACAGUUUUUAAAGAAUGUUUUUCUAAAUUCAUUUCAACUCAAACUUUAGGAUAAAUGAGAAGCUUCAAUGAUUCACUUUGAUAAAUAAAAAUAAUUCAAAUCCUCAUCAUGCCUCAACAAGGACUUGUUAUUUCUGUUGCAUUACAAAAGUCUGAAAGUCGGUAUGAAAUGGAUGUUGCGAUAGUCUAUUGUGAUGUAUAUCUGAGCCCCCGUUUACACUAGUGUGUUUGCGUUUUAAAGCGCUAAAGUUUAGCUUAAGUUUUACGCAGGUGUUUUUUUCGAACCUCGAAAAUGGAGACUUUUGAAAACGCUGCAGACCCCGUUUUAGUUUGAAAACCUAAACGGAAGACCUAAACAGAAACUUUUGAAAACGAUGGCGUGGCUGCCCACGUUAGCACGUUACAUGUAGUGUAGACAGAGAUUAUUUCUGAAAUGCUGUGGAAGUGGCAGUGUAAACAAGGAUCGUUUUCAUUUUAAAACGCCGUUCUAAAACGAAAAUGCACUACUGUAAACGGGGCCUGAGUGAAAAGGAUUCUAGAAUGAGAAAAAUGUAGGGCAGGAUUUAGGGCCGCAAUAGAUAAUGCGCCGAUAGACAAUGAUUUCUUGUAUCGACGAUAGCCAAAGAUAAUGUUAGUAAUUAGACAGACAUACAUGUUAUUGGUUCGUUUAACCCUUAAAUGCAUACCUCGGGUCUUUAGUGACCCGGGACGUCAUUCACUACCCUCCUCCUCGUUCAGUUUUUAA